ACUGGAAGCAGGGUGAUUAUUUGGAACCACUGGCUAGGAUAGACAAUGAUGAGGCGGUGAAGUGCAGCUAAUGAAAGUGUAAUUCGCGUGUAUCUUUUCAGAUUUAUACAUAUUUAACGACUCCUAGUGCAACAUAAUGACGACGACGAAAAUAUAUCAAGGGAUGGAGCCUGGUUCUAAAAGCAGUUCCAGGAUCUUGCGCCCUCCUGGCGGUGCCUCAAACAUUUCACUUGGUCCAGAUGGGGAUAAGCCUCCCGUCCGGAAAAACAAGAUGGCCUCCAGUGUUUUCGCUGAGCCAGAGGACCUCUAUGCUAAUCGGAGGAACAACCCACCAGGUGGGAAGCCCACAGGUGUGCUUUGUGGAGAACCGUCAGCCCCCCGGAGGAGAGGAGGGAACCAGGGCAGCAGCCCCUCCGCAGACAAUCCCGAUGGAGAAAAUUAUCAAUUUGAUUAUGACAACAGUGCCCCGGAGCCUGAAGCGGUUGCAGAACAGAAGGAAGAGAGUCCUCCAGCAGACGAUACUGCCGGGGUAAAUCCCUCUGGCCGUAGAAAUCCCCCUGGCGGAAAGUCAAGCCUCAUCCUAGGAUAAAUCCCUAAUGACCCCCCCAACCCCCCGUACCCCCUUCAUCUACUCAUCUCUGAACUCGUCUCUAUUUUAAUUAUUUAUUUUUUAACAAGGAAUACCGUCCCAUUUGCCUGUACUGCAGUAAUUCUUUCUGAUGUCCAACAGACACCAGUUACCUUCACACCCCCAAGUGCAUUGUUUUGAUACUUCUUUUAUUAAGGUCGUUUUGUACUGUUUUUUUUAUUGUUUGUUUGUUUUGACAGAAGCACUUUAUGUAUUCCUAUGGACAUGUUUCAAAUAGUCUGCCUUUGCCCCUGUUACGCAUUAGACAUGGCAGACAGGGUACAAGGAUCAUAUUUCUCUUAUCAACAAAAUAUGAAGUCAUCUCCCCCUGAUUAUUUAAGACAGCAUGAGCUGUACGUGAUUAUACAAGCAGUUUCCAGAACACAAGCAAAUUCAAAAGCUGUCACUUUUGCACUGUGUUCAGUUUUGAUCCAUCUUGCAUGCACGUCUAGUCUGUAAAGUAUGAAUGUGAGAAGAAACGUAACUGUGAAGAUUUUUCAUUGAUUUAACCUGUUUGUUUUUCUGUGGAAUAAUUGUUGUAUUGUUGUUGCAUGAAAUUGGAAUCUUUCUACUGAUUAUAUUAUCAUCCACUAAGGAGCCAAAUAGGAGUCACAUAAAUUACUGUUAUUGUGAUCUGAAGGAUGCAAACAUUAGUCUUCAGAUGAGUACUGUAGGUCCCAUGUCAGGUAACUGAAUUGGAAUAAGCCCUUUUUAUAUUGUAGUCACUAGGCCUAGAUAACUGUAACCCCAGUGCCGGUUUUGAGUGCCCCAUGUUUUUAUAGGUGAUUUUACUCUACAACAAAGUGUGCCUGUUUUGUGUGUUAGGCUACAGCAUCAAACAAGGUUGGGUUUCAAGAUUUGCAUCCGACAUGUAUCAACAAGUUUUUCCGUUGUGGGUCGAUGGAAUGUUGUUGGUCAUGAAGUGUUUCUUGUAAAUCCAUCCUAGAUUUGAAAAGUGACCUUAUGAAAGCUCUGCCUUUUUUCUAUGUUCAACACUGCUUUUACUUUUGUCUAUUAUUCUUCUCAAUGGAAUUAUAGAAACAAUCUUUUUAUACAUUUCAUUGUCGCAUUAUUUAACCAAAAUUCAAACUCCCUCCUGCUUCUGUCUUGUUGAGUCACGUGUGUGACUGCCGUAUCAGCCUGCCGUCAUGGCAGACGACCUACAUUUCAGGUACAUGAAAUGUAAUUUCUGUGGUGUCUAUUUUUAACGUCUGUUAUGAUGCAAGAUAUCUCUGUUUGCAUCUUAUAUCAGUUCCUGUUGCUGGAUGUAAGUCACUGCAGAAAAUUGAAAUUAAGAAAUGGCACAAGUGUUAAAAGAACAUUAAAUAACAAUUUUGACCAUGUU